UGUAGGUUUGCCUGCCGGUCAAACCCGCUCCUCCUUUCCCCAGCCCGGUUUCAUGACCAUGUCCGCUCAGCCAGACUAUGCGACGCUGUCCAACGUGGACAUGGCGGCCUUGGCCAAUUCGAACAUGGGCCCAAUGGGUGCGAAUCCCCCUUCGAUCGACGCCUUUGGGACGCCGGAUCUGGGCGCUAGCUACGGGACUUCGGCUUUCAACACGGCCAAUCCGGACUUUUCUAUGGAUAUGGCCGUCGACACCCUUCCUUUGGAUUCGGGCAUCUCCUUCGGAGAUGACGGUGGCGCCAUGAUGGGCGGGAAUGAGGCUUUCAACGGCACAGGCGACCCACGGGAACCUCCUCCUCCCAGUAUGAUGGUGGAUCCGAGUUUCAACCGUUUCCAGCCGAACAUGGCCAUGGCUCGUUCCUCUUCCUCCCUUCCGACUCCCGCAUCCUUCGCCGCCUCGUCAUCAUCAGCUUCCGCAACACCACAACAUACAUCCUCACCAGCGUCGGUCGCCCAGCCGAGCGCAGCAGCGCCCUCACCCGCCCCGUCGAGUUCCAGUAAACAACCAGCCACUGCCGCAGCAGCAGGCCCCGCCCUGCCGCCGGGCCUGGCACAACACAACUCUCCCCAGAAAAAGGCCCGAAACGUCUACUCCAGGUCCGGGUUCGACAUGCUCCGCGCGCUGUGGUACGUGGCGACGCGCAAGAACCCAACGCUGCGCAUCGGCGCCGUCGACAUGUCGUGCUCGUUUGUCGUGUGCGACGUGACGCUCAACGACUGCCCCAUCGUCUACGUGUCGGACAACUUUGAGAAGCUGACGGGCUACAGCCGGCACGAGAUCCUGGGCCAGAACUGCCGCUUCCUGCAGAGCCCCACGGGGAAAGUCGAGGCCGGCUCCCGCCGCGAGUUCGUCGAGAACGGUGCUGUCUUUAAUCUCAAGCGCGCCAUGGACGAGCGCAGAGAGAUCCAGCAGGGCAUAAUCAACUAUCGGAAGGGAGGCAGGCCGUUUUUGAAUUUGCUUACUAUGGUCUUCAUUCCCUGGGAUGACACCCCCGAAGGGGAGAUUAAAUACUGCGUGGGGUUCCAGAUUGAUCUGGUCGAGUGUCCCGAGGCCGUUUCGGCUGCUGUUGAGGCGGCUACGGGGGAAACGGAAAGGCACGGCAUAGUGUCUGUUGGAGGGAAGGAUUUAGAGGUCGAGGUGGAUUAUCGCCGGGUUGAGGGGGUAGGGCCGUACAUCAAGACGACGCCGCCGCCAUUGCCGGCGACCAGUUCCUCGCGCGAGGCGGACCUCGAGAGCGGGCAGACCAUCAGCGUCGACGACGUUUCCGGAUUGUUACAGCAGCUCGAUCCCGGCGGGCCCAGCUCGGACUGGCACCGCCACGCCUGGGACAAGAUGCUCCUCGAAAACGCCGACGACCUGGUCCAUGUGCUCUCGCUCAAGGGCUUGUUCCUCUACCUGUCGCCCGCGUGCAAGCGCCUGCUGGAGUAUGACGUCGGUGAUCUGGUCGGGAACUCGCUCUCGAGUGUCUGCCACCCGUCGGACAUCGUGCCCGUCAUGAGGGAGCUCAAGGAGGUGCAGGUGAACGUGCCCGUCAAUCUCGUGUUCCGGAUCCGCAGGAAGCACAGCGGGUAUAUGUGGUUCGAGAGCCACGGGACGCUUCUCGGGGAGCAGGGGAAGGGAAGGAGGUGCGUCAUGCUAGUGGGGAGAAGACGGCCCGUGUAUGCGUUACAGCGCAGGGACGUGGAUGCCCACGGCGGAAUUGGCAGCGCCGAUGGCGAGUUCUGGUCCAAGCUGUCGGCCUCGGGCAUGUUUCUGUUCGCAUCGUCCGGGGUGCGCUCGCUGCUGGAUCUCCAGCCUGCUGAGUUGGAGGGUACGAGCAUGCACGACCUUCUGCGCAAGGAGUCAAGGGACGAGUUUGGGCGCGCCGUUGAGAAGGCUCGAAGAGGCGCCAUCGUCACGCUGAAGCAUACGCUGGCGUACCAUAGGAGGGGCCAGCCGUUGCAGGUGCAAACGACGUUUUACCCUGGUGAUGCCUCCGAGCCCGGGCAGAAGAACCCUAGCUUCUUGAUCGCGCAGACACGGGCCAUUAAGCCGCCACCGAGAGCCAUUGCUUCUUCUUCUGCUGGCGGAAGAAGUGGUGGUGCAACCGAGGACGCAAUUAUGAAGGGCGUCAUCACUGCCGAAGACAGCCCCGCUGCUCCUCAGCCGCAGGACCACCAGCAACUCCCCACGGCGGCCACGCUGGAGGCCGAGGACGACGACAACAUGUUUGACGAGCUCAAGACGACGCGAUGCACGAGCUGGCAGUACGAGCUCAGGCAGAUGGAAAAGGUCAACCGUCUGUUGGCCGGGGAACUGACGCAGCUGAUGGCCAGCAAGAAGAAGCGCAAGCGGAGGAAACGAGACGGCGCCGGCGCCGGCGCUGCGGGCGGCGGCGGGAGUGCCGUGGUGAAAGACUGUGCCAACUGCCACAAGCGGGACACCCCCGAGUGGAGGAGGGGGCCCAGCGGGAAUAGGGAUCUGUGUAACAGCUGUGGGUUGAGGUGGGCGAAGCAGACAGGAAAGGUCUUGCCGCGCACCUCGACGUCCCGCGCCGGCAGCGUCGGCACUAGCGCAGACGCGCAGAGUAAUAAAAGAAGCGGCAACAGCUCGCCGGUGCUAUCGCCCGUGUCUAUAACAACAACGGCCGGUACCGGCGCCCUGCCGCCGCAGAGCAACCCUUUGUUUGGUGCCGGCGCCAGCGGGGCUGGAGGGUUGCCGAUGGAGAUGACGGCGAUUUGGGAAGCCGAAGAGGGUAGGGAGGGAGGCGUGGGGCCCUAGAGUCUAGGAGCCUCGAACCAGGCCUGCCUUGGCCAUUUUGUUCUCGGAUCUUUUUGAUCCCCUAUCCUUCGAAACCAGGCAGGGGCAGGUUCUGGUCUGUUGGCAUAGCGCAUUGUUGCUGCUUUCUAUGUUUGCCCGUUUUCUUGACGGGCUGGUGGUGGUUUCAACUUGACGUUUUCAAGCAUCUUUCUGGCUGGCGCUGAGAUUUACCAACUUAGAUCGGAGCGCGAGCGAUCAAAAGGUUUUAGUUUUGGGUAUCACCUUGCCAAUCAUGAGGCAGGCUGUAUGGACUGAUUGCCUCUUAUUUUGGAUAGGCCUUCUUUAUUAGGGGACCAUACUCAUCAGUUCAACUUACCCAUGGAAGUGUCUAUUACCGAACGUAUAAUGUAUGUA